AUGGGCGAAGGAGACACUGGGGCAACUAGGUCUGGGGGUUCUGCUCAAGGGGACGCCUUCAGCAAACGCGAGCAAGCCGACGAGAACCUCUACGUUCGUCGACAGGAGCAAGAGAAGCUUCAACAGUUGAAGAAGAAGAUUGAGGACCACAAGAAGCAUUUGGAUGAUCUGGAUAAGCACGUGACGGAUCAGAUGAAUUCGGGUUCGGAGAAGAAAUAG